CUGAAGAUAUCCUCAUGCAGCGAUUGUCCGGCCAUGCAGCACGGGAUGCUAUCCUCAAAGAUGUGUUUCUGACUGGAGGAUACACACUGUUCAAGGGCUACGAAGAGCGAUUGCAAAAUGAGCUCCGCGCAGUUCUACCGGCCGAUGUUCAGCUUGGCGUGAGGCGUGCAAAGGAUCCAAUUCUGGAUGCCUGGAAAGGUGCUGCGAAGUGGGCUUCGAGUGCGGAGAGCAGGAACUCAUUCGUGUCAAGGGAAGAGUGGCAGGAGAAGGGCGGCGACUAUAUCAGAGAGCACAAUCUGGGCAACGUCUACUCCUAGACUCAUCGCGAUGUAUGAUACCUUUUUGGGCGGCCAAUGUCACGCUGGGCUCGGCGCCAAAAUACGGCAGCGCUGGUGUUAUGGCGCAUGAGACAUCCCAACGGACUCGUGCUUUCGACCUGUACUAUCACUGAGAUACCAUCUCAAGGCCUUCAAUACGAGCUUGCAGCUUUUUGCUCUGAUUCAGCCAACUACAUGGUACAACUCCCAAACUCGUGGCUUCGCAGAUUGGCAUCGACUCCAAAUCGUCAUGUCCAAUAAGCGACGACGUUGGAGUUGCACGACAGGAAGCCGCCAAACUGAGCAGCGCUACACUCGAGCGCCUUGCUACUCAGCUCACUCCAGGUUCUUACACUCUUUCCUAAGUUGCUCACAGCGGCAGCCUUGCCAUACGACGGUGAUGUUGGAUCAAAUGCUCCAAUUCUGCUUCUUCUGCCAUGCACUAUGCCAGAUUCAGCACAGGCACGGAAACUGCAAAUGUCCAUCGACGCUAAGGACCACGCGAAGAAUAGAUGCAGAUGUGACAUGGAACACCUCAGAAAGAGGUCGAUUGCGGGCAUGUCGGCCUGAGUACGGACAACUGCGUGGUAGAACGGCAACUCCAAUUCUCGAUUGUCCACAGAUAAAAACAAGAGAAACAUCUACCA